AUGGCUCCUACUCGAUCCGUCAAGAAGCCCGCAAGUGGGAAAGGCGCUCUUCCGUCGUCUAAGCCCAGCUUUCUCCACGAUGAGUUCCGCACCACGAAAAAGGACAAGCGCUUGAUCAAGCACAGUAGCUUUGUGUCGCGGAUAGAAAAGAACUCUCAGAAAUCUACAAAGCGCCGGCGUGCCUCCAAGAAACUUGCUGCUCUGGACUCGUUGGCUGAUGCGCUUCCGGACGCCGACGACGAUGUCGCCGACCCUAGCAAACAGGUUAAUAUCAUUAAGCAGAAAACCCUGCAGCAUAGACCGGGUGCUAUGAAGCGUCGGGAGAAGCUGGAACGGCUGGAGCGCGAUCGGUUUGCGAAGAAUAUGGCGCAGAUGUCCAGCAUGCAAGCACCAGCGCCAACCGCUACCGACUCCAACAGCAACACAGAUGAAGGCUCGGUCUCCAAUCGAUGGGCGGCCCUGCGGAACUUUAUAUCUCAAACUAUGGAGCAGCAGCCUGCGUUCAAAUCAAGCAGCUAG